GAACUAAAGGUGCCAGAUCAUCCCAAUGUCCAUAGGCAUAUUCCUCGCCGCCAUGGACAACACCGUCAUCGCGGCAUCGUACGCCAGAAUUGGAAGCGAUCUGAACCACUUGCAGAACACGAGUUGGAUUGCAACGGGGUACAUGCUUACGUUGACAAGCUUCCAACCACUCUAUGGCAAGCUGAGCGACAUUUUCGGGCGAAGAAGCUGUCUCGUGUUCUCUUAUGUUGUCUUUGCCCUUGGCUGUUUGUUUUGCGGGCUGGCACGCAAUAUGCCUGAGCUUAUCGCCGCUCGAGCUUUAACGGGGAUAGGUGGAGGCGGGAUGUCAACAGUAGCGUCAAUCGUGAUGUCGGAUGUGGUACCUCUCAGGGAGCGAGGUACAUGGCAAGGCGUUGCUAAUAUGGUUUAUGCCACUGGAUUAGCGGUCGGCGCGCCGUUAGGUGGAUACCUUGCCGACACAAUCGGAUGGAGAUGGUCAUUCUUGUUGCAGAUACCUCUUGCGGUGGCGGCCAUUAUUUCUGUGACACUAGCCCUCAAGCUUCCGAAGCGCGAGGCCGAGCAUUUCAUGGCGAAGCUGAAGCGUGUCGACUUUGUGGGCGCCGUCGUCCUCGUCUCCGGCGUGUUCUGUUUGCUCUUAGGUCUGGACAGAGGAGGCAACGUCUCAUGGGCCGACCAAAUCACAAUCGGCUGCCUAUCUGCGUUCGGUGUUUUAUUCAUCCUGUUCAUCGUCGUCGAGACGAAGGUCGCCUCCGAGCCCUUCGCGCCGAAAGCUAUCGUCGCUAACCCGGCACUCGUCGCCAGCUACUUCGCCAACUUUUUCGCAGCGGGCAUCGGCCUCACACUGUCGUUCGCGAUUACCUUAUACUUCCAAGUCGUGCAAGGCCGAACCGCGGGCGAGUCAGGCAUCGUCCUUUUGCCAUCAAUAAUCGCCAGCGUGUCGGGCAGCCUGAUUGGCGGUUUGAUUAUGCAAGCGACCGGAAAAUAUUACUGGUUGACCUUUAGUGUCUUUAGCAUCAUGGUGCUAGGACAGCUCUUAGUCCCUGGGUUCUCUGGUGUAUGGGUCUACUCCUAUGUCGGCAUCGCCUUGGGUCUUGCUCUCAGCUCAUUUGGAGUCGGUGCUGGAAUAACCACGACUUUGAUCGCCCUCAUUGCCAAUGCGGGCCCCGAAAAUCAAGCUGUCGCUACUGCAGUCUCAUAUCUUUUCCGGUCUCUUGGGACGGUGAUAUGGCUCUCUGUUUCGACCACUCUCAUGCAGGAUACGCUGCGUCGCUUGUUGCACGAGCGGCUGUCCGGAGAGAAUGCCGACGAGAUUAUCAGACGUGUUCGGGAAUCUCUCGAAUAUAUUGGGGAGUUAGAGCCAGCAGUGCGGGCAAAAGUCGUUGCGUCCUACGCAGAUGCUCUGCAUGUCGCAAUGUGGUUCACGUGCGCAAUCACUGUGUGCGCUCUGCUAUCGUCUUGUUUCAUUAAGGAAAAGCAGUUGGCGAAGUGAGAUAAUGUUGACGCUUCUCUUGGUCUUAUUUCAGACUUGGACACGAUUUUCGUGGAUACUUGUUACAUAUACGGAGCUCGCUGCAAAUUGGUUGCCCUUUUUAGACCUGCAAGAUGUGCAGCUGUCACAAGGACUGCCUACUGUGUCGAGCGCCUCUACCGCUCCGAGCUCGCGGGACGACACAUUGAACGUUGUCGUUAAACGUUGAACAUCG